GCACACUCCUUUUCUUUUACCUCGGGGCUCAUAAUUCUCCUAACCACAAUGGGUGAAACAACAGGUUCCAUCAUUUCUUUCUUCUCGGCCCCUUUAUUUUCCUUUUCACUUUCAUCCUCACUAUCCAUCACAAUCUACCUAUCACUACCAAAGCCCAGUUGUUGGGACAUCAUGAAGAAAUGUCUCAACGCCUUACAUUUAAAAUACUGGAUUCCUGCGCAGGCCACAGGGUUUCUGUGUUUCAAAUGUAUUUUUGUGGGAUCCCUCAGUGCCUUUGCAGCUCUAUAUUUUUUUCACUAUCAAACUCUUCUAUCUCCCUCUUUUGUGGUAAAAUUUCACCAAAGUGUAGACGGUGACUUCCAGGAUGAAUUUUUAUUUUGAAGAAUAAGUAGACAGUGAGAAACGGUGAGCAUCCUCAUCUAACUAGUUGUAUUUAGAAGACACUUUCUUGAAGUAUUUUUCAAUUCAGAUGACAACGUAGGCCAUGUCGUCCAAAGUUGUGUAUUGUUGUUUGUCUACUUCCUGUGCAAUUUCUGCCUAAGCCCAUGCAGCAAUCAGGCCAUCGUUGCUUCUCUUGACUCCCUUAUGGCCGGACAAGCAAUGAGCAUCUCCAUCUCUCUCUGGAUAAGAACAAUUGAUGCAGUUGUUAUAACUCAUUCUCAUGCCGAUGCAAUUGGAGGUCUGGAUGAUCUUCGUGAUUGGACUAAUAAUGUCCAGGCCUGUGUGCCUAUUUAUGUAGCAGAGCGUGACUUUGAGGUGAUGAAAAAAACUCACUGUUAUUUGGUCGACACUAGUGGUAUCAUACCUGGUGCUGCUGUUUCAGAUCUGCAAUUUAACAUCAUAAGUGAGGACCCAUUUAUUGUCCAUGGUCUCAAGAUUAUACCAUUACCGGUGUGGCAUGGAACUGGUUAUCGUUCUUUGGGGUUUCGUUUUGGCAACUUCUGUUACAUAAGUGAUGUUAGUGAAAUCCCUCAAGAAACAUACUCUCUCCUGGAGGACUGUGAACUGCUUAUCUUGGUACAAGUUGAAAACUUGCAACAGAUUGAUAUCUCUGGGCUAUAUGUGCUUUGCAUAUUGAAUUAUUGAUAGACUUAAUAACAUACUCUUUGUCCUUAAAUAAUCUUCCCAUUUCCUUUUAAAGAAGAGAUUUUAUGCUUCACAUUCAUUCUCUCUGCACAAAUUUCAGCCACACAAUUUCACCUUUGUUAAACUCUGUGCAAAGUCAAAACGUGAAGACUAUAAGGGACGGAGGGAGUAUGUGUUAGUGGUGAAUCAUGAAUGUAUUUGUUUUAUCUUCAGGAUGCUUUGAGGCCAGAUAGGUCUUCAGCUACCCAUUUUGGACUACCAAGGGCUCUUGAGGAAGUUCGGAAAAUCAAACCGACGAGAACACUUUUCACUGGUAUGAUGCACCUGAUGGAUCAUGAGAAAAUAAACAAGGCUCUUCUGCAACUCAAGGAGACCGAAGAUCUUGAUGUUCAACUCAACCACGACGGUAUGCGUGUGCCAGUGAGGUUAUGCAGCCUUUCACAAUCGUAAUAUAGUAAAUACACAGCAUUGUUAUUCUUUUCCAAGAAUGGGGGGAAUGUACGAAGAAGCUGAUUUUACAAUUGUUAUUCUUUUGGGGGCUUAAAGGGAGUGUUUACACUGGUUUGUGUUACAACUUGGGGAAUAUUCUGAGUUGUACAAAAGGAUGGCUGAAUCCCCUCUUAUGCUCCUUAGUAUUGAAUAUACAAGUGGAGAAAGAAGAAUUACUCCCUCCGCCCAAUAUUAAACUUCCCGGUUUGACCGGGCACGCAUAUUAAGAACAGAUGUAAAUGUAGUUGACUUUCUCAAAAUGCCCUCCACCCCAUUUCCCAAAAUGCCCUCCACCCCAUAGCUGUAUGCUCCACCGUUGUGAACCCCAAUAUCGGCUAAAUCAAAGAAAUCUUUAAAUGGAAUGGCAAAACAACUUUAGAUUCUAAAUAAACCAGGCGCUCCCAAUUCCUCCAGAAGAAGCAUCGAAAAUGGCCGCACUUGUGAAGAAGUCUAGCGAACAAGGUUUACAAGUGAACAGUGACCUCAUACCUUUUGACCUCCAAUUUCACAAGCUCUAGCCACAAAUCAACAAGAAAGAACCCUGAAGUUUGUUCCCUUUUUAAUUGCGAUUCCAACGAACCCAAAAACAUCAAGAACCAUCAAGAAAUUCAGGAGGAAUCAGCUUUAAAAAAUCGGCAUGAACAGUGUAGCGAGGUUGAGAGACGGAAUACCGGAGUAAGAUGCAGAGCGAGAGCAUGAGGUUGAGAGACGGAAUACCGGAGAAUCAU